AUGGCCCGUGAUCGCAGUCGAAGUCGAGAACGUGAUCGUGAUAGACGUCGCAGGUCACGCUCUCGUUCCACUGGCAGAUCUCGAGGGGUUACGACCUCCGAUCGUGACAAGGACACUCGGAGUAGACGUCGCAGUCAGGAAAGACGUCGCUCGCGAAGUCCAGUGGAACGCAGAAGAAGCCGAAGUAGGAGUCGUGAACGGAGAGACGAUGCGAGACGGCGGGAUCUCGAAGAAAGGAACAGGAGGUUGUGCAGUGCUUUUGUUUGA